GCCACUUAAACCACUGCUUCAUUUCACAUGUGCACUGAAUCUGCUGAGUCCAGGGGCGGCUGCAUGAGGCGGCUCAUGAGAGGAAGAUGCCCUGGGACAAUCUGAUCACCUCUGACAAUGACAGGGAUGAGGAUGAAAUUUCAACUUCUGAACAUGAACGAGGAAAAAACAGAGGGAAAAGAAAUAGUAACGAUAAGGAAAAGAAGAAGAAGGGAAAUGGGAGGAGAAAAGCAUCAAGAGAAAGAGAAGGUGAAGAGGACUUACAGGAUCGCACAGAAAAAAGAGAAAAGGGAAAGAAAAGAAGAGCAAAAAAUGAUCUAGAUGAAAAACAACCAGAGGAGGAGGAUGAGGAGCAGGUCAAAGUAAAGAAUGGUAAGGUGGCAAAAAGUAAGAAAAAUCUGAAAAAUGAAACGACAAGGAAAAUAGAGCAGGAGAAAAAAGAGGAAGGUGACGCCGAAGAGGGAAAAUCUAAGAAAAAGAAGAAAAAAGAAGAAAAGGACAGAGGCAAACAAACUGAAAAAGAGGAAGAAAAGAAGAAAAAGCACAAGAAAGUCGUUGAGACAAGUUCAGAACAGGAGACAAGUGAGGAAGACAAUGAAGAAGAGGAGGAAGAUGAGGAGGAGAAAGAGGUGAGGCCGGAGUCUCUGUCGCCAGAGGAGCUGGAGAAGCUGAAGGAGGCGGUGGAUGAGAAGAAGAAACUGAUCCAGGGUCUGAGGGGGAAGCCCUGGCCCAUGAAGAAGAAACUAGUCACUUUAAGGGAAUCUCAGGAGUUUGUGGAGAAAUAUGAAGGAGCUUUGGGGAAAGGAAAAGGGAGGAAACUGUAUGCAUACAAGGUCAUGAUGACCAAGAAAUGGAUGAAGUUUCAGCGAGACUUUGAAAACUUUAAAACAGCCUGCAUCCCGUGGGAGAUGAAAAUAAAGGAGAUUGAAAGUCAUUUCGGUUCCUCUGUGGCCUCUUACUUCAUCUUCCUGAGGUGGAUGUACGGCAUUAACAUGAUCCUGUUUGGUCUGACCUUUGGCCUGGUCAUGGUGCCUGAGGCUUUAAUGGGCCGGCCUUAUGGCAGUAUACCAAGAAAAACAGUCCCCAGAGCUGAGGAGGGCAGUGCCAUGGACUUCGCUGUGUUAUGGGACUUUGGUGGUUACGCUCAGUAUUCAGUCCUCUUCUACGGCUACUACAAUAACCAACGUUCCAUCGGCUGGCUCAAGUUUCGCAUGCCUCUGUCAUACUUCCUGGUUGGCGUGGGUACAGUGGCGUACAGCUACAUGGUGGUCAUUAGAACGAUGGCCCGUAAUGCAAAUGAGUCUGGAGUCGGUGACGAUAACAGCUUUAAUUUUAGCUGGAAAAUGUUCACCAGCUGGGACUACCUGAUAGGGAAUCCUGAGACUGCAGACAAUAAAUUUGCUUCAAUCACCACCAGUUUCAAGGAGGCCAUUUUAGAAGAGCAAGAAAGUCGGAAAGACGACAACAUCCAUCUGACUCGUUUCCUGCGGGUUCUGGCCAACUUCCUGGUCCUCUGCUGCUUGGCUGGAAGUGGGUAUCUCAUCUACUUUGUAGUGCGGCGCUCUCAGAAGUUUGCUCUUGAUGGACUGGAGAAUCACACCUGGUGGGAAAGAAAUGAGGUGAACAUGGUCAUGUCAUUACUGGGGAUGUUCUGCCCCAUGCUGUUUGACGUCAUCAGUGCUUUGGAGAACUACCACCCUCGAGUUGCCCUGCAGUGGCAGCUGGGCCGCAUCUUUGCCCUCUUUUUGGGAAACCUCUACACCUUCAUCAUUGCCCUCAUGGAUGAGAUUAACCUCAAAAGAGAGGAGGAGAAGGUAGUGAAGUUUAAUAUCACCAUGUGGGAAGCCAGUCUUUACAAUGGCACUGUAUCAGAAAACAGCACCGCUUCACCAAUCACUAUCCACCCCGCUGACAUACCCAGGGGGCCCUGCUGGGAGACCAUGGUGGGCCAAGAGUUUGUGCGACUCAUUAUAUCCGAUACCAUGACAACCUACAUCACCUUGCUGAUUGGUGACUUCCUGAGAGCUGUGCUUGUUCGUUUCCUCAACUACUGCUGGUGUUGGGACCUGGAGGCUGGAUUUCCAUCUUACUCUGAGUUUGAUGUCAGUGGGAAUGUCCUGGGUCUGAUCUUCAAUCAGGGGAUGAUAUGGAUGGGUGCAUUCUACGCUCCCUGCCUGCCGGCCCUGAACGUCCUCCGGCUCCACGUGUCCAUGUACCUGCAGUGCUGGGCCGUCAUGUGCUGUAACGUGCCACAGGAACGGGUCUUCAAGGCCUCUGGCUCCAAUAACUUCUACAUGGCCAUGUUGCUGGUCAUCCUCUUCCUAUCCACCUUACCUGCCAUUUACACCAUCGUCUCCAUCCCCCCUUCAUUUGACUGUGGACCCUUCAGUGGGAAGAGUCGAAUGUUUGAUGUGAUUCAGGAGACUUUGGAGUCAGACUUCCCCGCCUGGUUUAGUAAAGUUUUCAGCUACGCCUCUAAUCCUGGACUGGUGCUUCCUUUCAUAUUACUUAUGGUGUUGGCUAUUUACUACUUGCAAUCCACAUCCAAAAGCUACAAAGAAGCUAAUGUGGAGCUAAAGAAGAAACUACAAACGCAAAAUGAGGAGAAUAAAAAGAAAAACAAAAAAGCAGCAUUGAAGGCUGCAAUGGAUCUAGAGGAGGCCAGAAAAGCUGCAUCACAGGCUGCAGUUCAACAGAAGAACAACAACGCUUCAAUACAAUACAACGAAGAUGAAGAAGAAGAUGAAGAAAAAUGCAGUGACAGGGUUAACCAUGGUAAGAAUGGACGCCACCCUCCUCCUGCAGUGAGAGACCGAACAGGACAACUCCCAGCCACCAGAGCUCCUGUCUCCAGGGCUUAUCACCAUGGCAACCAUGGGACGCCUCCUGGAUAUCUGCCUGGGUGUCCUCGACAAAGUGAACCGAGGAUGUACAGAGUGCCGAGCCUGCAGAGACACUGAGAAAGUGAAAACAUUUGCCUUUACAGUGAACUGAGAUGAUAACUAUACAGUGUUCUGAUAUUCUUCAUAACUUUGUUUUAUGACCAAUAAGAAGUUCAUUUUAGCAGCUGUUUACUUGAUAGAAAUUUUUUUUCAGUUUACUAUUAAGUUAGCUUCUUUUUAACCCACUGAUUAGUAAAUGAAGUGGAAAAAGUUUCUUCAUUAUUAUGUUACAUUGGUUAUUGACAGAAGACUCCGUAUUAGAUCUAACUGACAUGGACUGACACAGGACUCCUUAUGUAUUUUAGCUGCAUAUACAAUUUCCAUCCAUUUGGAUUACCUGUUUUUAACCAAAACUAAUCAAUAAAACUUAAAGUAUGACGUAUUUGUCAGUCAAACAGAAAUGAAAGAAGUAACUUCAAACUUGAAAAAAAGUGAACUGAAAAGUAUGGCAUAAAAACCAUCCAGAUAAAUAUAUAUUUAUAUAUUUAUCCAGAUAAAUGGCGUCAUCUGGAUCGAGUGAAUUUGAUUAUGGUUGGAUAAGAAGUAUAAACAUAUACCAUUCCUACACCCUAUUGGUUUGUACAUGAUCCAUCGCACCUGACUUCUUGCACCAUUCCAAUACUUAUAUUCAACUAGUCAUCAUAUCUUCUGCUCCAUGAAACACAUGUUAAUGCUCAGUAGUGCACAUAUAUGGUUCUUUAAUACAUUUGUAUUGUACUCAAAUGCAUUCACUUUCAAUGGGCAUAUAUGCAGCUGAAACAGGUAGAGUAGUGCAUCCCAGAUGUUUCAACUUUAACAUUUUAAUAUAUCAUUAUAGUCAUUAUGGCCUUUAGAAAACUGUUUUUGGGGAGGUGGGGUAGUGCACUAUAGGCCCCUGUGGUGCUGCCUCAGCUUUUGCCCUAAUGGCUUUUUCCCCCCUUACAUUUACUUUUAUACUUUAGGUAGUUUUGAAACCAGUACUUUUAUUCUUUUGCUUGAGUAAAAAGCUUGAGUUGAU